AAGAGAACUGUCCUUUACUUUGACGAAAGUGAUAACAUUCAGCCAAGAAACUUAUCUGACAAUUAUAACACGUUCCGAGCCAAACUUGACACUUAGAGAGUCGAUCCAACAAGCUACUCGGUUAGAAUCUCUCAAGAUAGUGAGGAUUCUAAAAGUGGGGAGAUGAGUGAGGCAGUUGUUUGCAAUGGAUAUGAUCAACAGGAGAGUAUCUCACAAACAGAAACUACGAUCACUCGAAGCUCGUCAAGUUCAAGGGCAAAAACAUGGUCCGAGGAACAAGAGCAUGUUUCUCCGGAGCAUGUUAGUCGAUUUGACGAGGGUGAUACGAAGAAUAACAAGACAAAAGAGCUUGAGGUGUUGAGCAGUCCACUGGACCAUGAGGAAGCAGAUAUAGUGGAAUGUAUCUCCGCAAAAUCUAGCAGAAUGUCAUUGUCUGAUGGAAGAUUCAACGAUAAAACACGAUCCUUCAAUGAAGAAAGCACUUCAUCUAAUUCACAGUCGGUAAAACCAGAUCCAGAGGCAGCACCAAGAUGCUGUGUUGCUGAAACUGAAAAUGGUAGCGAGUGUAGAGAAAUUGCUAUUGACUGCUUGUCAACUGAAAGUGAUGGUUCACUUCUACACAAAGACGAGCUAGAAAAGAAAGUAACCGCGGUUUACGACACCAAACAGGCUAAGAAAGACGCUCUUCGAGCACUGGAUGAUAAGGUUUCACAGCCCAAGUCACUAGCUGUAUUAGCUAGUAAGGAGGACAAAGACGACUGGGGUAAUCCCACUGAACAAAGAGCUGAAGCUUUACAGUCUCUUUUGGAGGUUUGUGCGCGACUACUUAAGCA